UUUUGUUGUCUUGACAUUAUAGUCACAAGUAUAAAUGUCUCAACUCUCAAACACAACAUAAGAGUAAGAAACAAGGAUCCAGCAAAGCUAAGAGUUAAGAGAUGAAGAAAGUAGAGCUCAUAUUCGUUCCAGCGCCAGCAAUGGGGCACUUGGCCUCAACCGUUGAAUUCGCAAAGCGCCUUAUCUGUCGCGAUCAUCGAAUUCGGGUUAUUAUUCUUUCCAUGAAGUGGUUUCCCAGUGCUUCUUUGAAUGCAUACAUCGACUCGCUCACUGCAUUGCAACCUGAUGGAAUCCAACUUAUUGAACUCCCUCAGGUUGCUCUUCCCUCAUUAGAUCCUAAGAAGUCACUCGAAAGUUUCCUUGAUGUAUUCGUACAGUGCUACAUCCCUCCUGUUAGAAAUGCUGUGAGGGACAUUGUAUCAAUGAGAUGCAGCUUGGGUGAAACCCGAGUUGCAGGAUUAGUUCUUGAUCUCUUUUGUUCACCCAUGAUUGAUAUUGCAACUGGUUUUGGUCUUCCUUCUUACCUAUACUUCCCCACAAAUGCAGCCACGUUCGGUCUCAUGGGGUAUCUACCAACCCGACAUACCCCGGAGAGCUCCGAAUUUGAAUGUUCAGAUCCUGAACAUUUGAUCCCAGGAUUUGUCAAUCCUGUCCCUACAUGUGUUCUUCCAUCAGCUGUAUUUUGCAAGGAUGGAGGUUACACUACAUAUGUCAAAGUUGCUGAAAGGUUCAAGGAUGCCAAAGGUAUUAUAAUCAAUACAUUUGAAGAACUUGAGCCUUAUGCUCUAAACUGUUUCUCCAACGGCCAAAACCCUCCAGUUUAUCCAGUUGGACCAGUGAUUAACCUCAAUGGUCUGAGUUACUCAGACUCGGAUGAUAGGGUCAUGAAAUGGCUCGAUGAUCAGCCUCAAUCAUCAGUGGUGUUCCUUUGCUUCGGAAGCAUGGGAAGCUUUAAAGCACCCCAAGUGAAAGAAACUGCCAUGGGGCUGGAGCAAAGUGGGUUCAGGUUCUUAUGGUCCUUGUGUGUGCAACCACCGCAAAAUGAUGCUUCAAAAAUGUUACCGGAAGGGUUUCUGGAAAGGGUACAAGGGAGAGGGAUGAUAUGCAGUUGGGCGCCACAGUUGAAGGUUCUUGCUCACAAAGCAAUAGGAGGGUUUAUAUCUCAUUGUGGUUGGAACUCAAUCCUGGAAAGCUUGUGGUUCGGUGUACCCCUUGUAACAUGGCCUCUGUAUGCUGAACAACAGUUCAAUGCAUUCAAGAUGGUGAAGGAAUUAGGGUUAGCAGUGGAGAUGAGGUUGAACUAUAGGAAAGAUAGUGAUGAAGUGGUGAUGGCAGAUGAGAUAGAGAAAGCUGUGGGGAUGGUAAUAGAUGGUGGAAGUGAAGUGAGAAAGAAAGUAGAGGACAUGGGUGAGAUGGCAAGGAAGAGUGUUAUGGAAGGUGGAACUUCAUUCAAUUCUAUUGGAAAACUGAUAGAGGACAUAAUAGGCAACAACUGAUAUGGAAUCAUUGCUGUUGUUAUUGUACUGUUAAUUUAUUUCACUACAUUUGAGAUUAUAAUGAUAUACAUGCGGUACAACUGAUAUGGGUCACUGCUCCAUUUUCCCUUGUAACCAAACAAUAAUGGAAGAAGUUUUCUUUGUUUCCCUUGCUUUUCUUUUUCACUUUCUUUCAAUCCAAACAUAAAGUAUAAUUAUGUUGUCCUUCUGUUAGUCGCUGGACACUUCGGUGAUUGAUAUCCCUCAGGUUGUAUUGCUAGGACCUUUUACUGCAGCUUGAAGUGGCGUUCUAUGAUGCGAGGGGCUUGUUCUGGAGUUUCUUGGUUAU